GGUGCUAAAAACGUUAUUAUAAAGAAUAUGUAUCCCCCUUCUGAAAAUUAUGUUUCAAAUGUUGAGUUAAACCAUUUUUCCUUUGAUUGGUCCUUUCAAGAAACUGAGCUUCCUCCAGGUGUAUCUCAGAGCGAUUAUGCGCCACCCCUUCCUAAUGCGCCGCCUCCGUGCUUACCAAUUUCAACCUCUUUCCAUCAUGGCCAACAGAGCUUUUGCCAACAACCUAAACAACAAAAAACUUCGCGCGGAAAAUACAAUAAACAUAAACGUGGAUCAUUAAAAAAUUGGACUGGUUCUAGGCGACCUAACAACGUUUAUAGCCAUGACGAAUCAUCAGCAGGCGGACAAUUAAACGUCAAUUAUCUAGCAUCGCAAAUGACGUCAUCUGUCAAUUCAGUUCCUUUGCCGUGGCACACGUCAAACGCACCUGAGCGUACGCCACCUUGGCGAUCUCAUAUUUCAACGUCUCUGGACGGAACUGACAAUGGCAUGCCACACGAAGAGUUUGGGAGCCGCCAAGAAUAUUUUCGCUUACCUUUUACUCCAGAAAGUUCAUCCAUAAAUCAUAAUCAAUUCUCACGUCAUUAUAUGUCUCAAUAUGGUUAUCAAUCGACACAUAGGAUUACGGCAAGUCAAUAUGAUCUGCAACGUUCCUUUAACACAUCGUCUUCUCAAAUAGUAAUUGAGAAACCUGCUGCGCCAAAUGCUAGUAAUACUAAAAAUAGUCAAGAACGUAUCGUUAAAGUUGAUGAUACUAAAAAGAAAAUCGUCAAUAAACCAGUUAAUUCUGAUAAGAAGCAACCAGUACUGGUAUUUCCUCGUAGCAAGAAACCAAAAACGGAAGAGACAAAAAAGCACAACCAAAACAAUGUAAUUUGCCAAGUAAAUGCCAAUGACGAACCAUUAAAUCCAAGAACGGGGGUUAACGCCGGUCUUCAACUCUUUAAGAAAAAAACAAACAGUAAAAAAAUAGAAUUUAAACUUGUAAGUAGCAUUGGUCUUUCAAAGCUCAACAUUGAUAAAUGUCGAAUUCGUGAGUCACGCGUUCAGGAUGAUCAUCUUGAAGUGUCUGCUAAGAAAAUUAAAUUAGAUACAAAUAAAAAUACGGAAGCUACACAAGCAGUUCAGAGUACAAAGUCACAAGUGGAUAAAGAAGACAAUGUUUGUUCUAAUACAGUUGAACCUCUGAAACCCACAAUUGAUGAGACACGAGAUGAUGUGAAAAAAAUAAAUUAUGGCGAUUCCAUUUCUCACAAUGAAAAUUCAUUUUGUCAUGAUAGUGAAUUUGAGUGUAAAAAAAUGAAUAUCGACUCGAAUAUCGACUCAGAUAUCGUCAUCGAACCGUGUCAAAUUGCUCAUAAGAAUAUUCCAAUUACAGGUAAUGAAAAGGAGAACGAAGAUGCUAACGCGGCCUCUGAACUUCCUCAGAGUGACGAUCUCAAUAUAAUGGCUGUUGAUACGCAGCUUGGACAUACAGAAUUGAUAGUUGAUGAAUCUGAUGGUUCUAUUAAACCAUUAUUAUCUAAGCAAAAACGUGUUGAAAAAAAGCUAUUGAAUGUGACCAGUAAAGAAGGAAAAGAACGUGAUUCACCAAAGCCGCAACCCAGAUCCAGGCAAAGUUAUGUUCGUAAACAGAAAAUUUCUUGGAUGAAUACAAAGGAUGCAAAAGUCAAUAAAUGCGAAUCGUGUGGUGACAAAUCUAAAGAUUUAGAGACCAUAGGAGCACUUGAGCUAUGUUCAACUUGCGUGCCACUGUUUACUUCUCAGGUAGCUAGAGCAAAAGCAUUUCCACACAAUUUUAAACUAAAUCAAAAAGUGGAGGUACUAAAUAUAGAUAAAGUUUGGUAUCCUGCUAAGAUUGUCAUACUCGAAACUGACGAAGAUUUGUUCUGGCCUUUGGCAC